GUAAAUUCCUGCGCCGGUGGCGGCCGAUGACGGUCUUGGUCUUGGUGGUCUUGGGAGCCUCGUACUCCCGUUUCUUCUUCCUCUCGCACGCGGUCGCUGCAUAUUCUCCCACACCCCAAUUUCUGCUUCUACUUCGUGUCCUCCGAUCGCACCCAACUUCAGCAAGUUAAAGCCGUGGGUUGUCUCUACCCUACGGCCUCGUCACCGGAGGGAGGCGGUGAGAUCUCCCGGCGGCAUGUCGUUGGAUUCGGACUCCUCUUCGCAGGGAGGCGACCGCCGGAGCUUCCGGCAGAUCACACGAGACCGAUUAUUAUUUGAAAUGCUCAGGUCGACUAGGAAGGAUUCAAAAUCAGCAUGGAAGGUUCUUAUCAUGGAUAAGUUUACGGUCAAGAUAAUGUCCUACUCAUGUAAGAUGGCAGACAUCACAGAAGAAGGGGUUUCAUUGGUUGAAGAUCUAUACAAACGGAGACAGCCAUUGCCUUCACUGGAUGCUAUAUAUUUCAUCCAACCAACUAAAGAAAACGUUGUUAUGUUCCUCUCUGACAUGUCAGGAAGAAGCCCGUUAUACAAGAAGGCGUAUGUGUUUUUCAGUUCUCCCAUACAGAAAGACUUAGUUGCUCAAAUAAAAAGGGAUUCAAGUAUAUUACCUCGUAUUGGUGCACUUAGUGAGAUGAAUUUGGAGUACUUCCCUAUUGAUUCCCAGGGUUUCAUAACUGACCAUGAAAGGGCAUUGGAAGAGCUUUUCUGUGAGAGUGCAGAAGGCUUCAACAAAUACAAUGCUUGUUUGAAUGCAAUGGCUACUCGUAUAUCUACAGUAUUUGCAUCAAUGAGGGAAUUUCCCCGUGUGCACUACCGCAUUGCCAAGACCAUUGAUGCUUCUACAAUGACAACACUAAGGGACAUGGUGCCCACAAAGAUUGCUGCUGGUGUAUGGAAUUACCUCUCCAAAUAUAAAACGUCAAUUCCUGAAUUCCCGCAGACAGAAACUUGUGAACUUCUCAUAGUAGACCGUUCAGUAGAUCAGAUCGCACCAAUAAUUCAUGAAUGGACUUAUGAUGCCAUGUGCCAUGAUCUGCUAUGCAUGGAUGGUAACAAGUACGUACAUGAGGUUUCAAGUAAAAAUGGUUCAGCCUCAGAAAAAAAGGAGGUCCUGUUAGAGGACCAUGAUCCAGUUUGGCUUGAACUUCGACAUUCCCAUAUAGCAGAUGCAAGUGAAAGACUUCAUGAUAAGAUGACACAUUUUGUCUCGAAGAACAAAGCUGCCCAACUACAGCAAGCAAGAGCUGGAGGAGAGCUAUCAACUAGAGACCUACAAAAAAUGGUUCAAGCUCUUCCACAGUACACUGAUCAAAUUGACAAGCUUUCGCUGCAUGUCGAGCACGUGGCACUCAACAUUGCCCAUGAUCCUGUGAAGAUGAGCUUACCAAGAACAUCGAUUGCAGGAAAACUCAAUGUCAUAAUAAGGGAGCAAUGUCUUAGAGAUGUUGGACAACUAGAGCAAGAUCUUGUAUUUGGUGAUGCUGGGACAAAAGAAUUAAUCAAUUUUUUCCGAACACAAUUGGGUGUAAGUCGUGAAAAUAAGUUGCGUCUGCUCAUGAUUUACGCAGCAAUCAAUCCAGAGAAGUUUGAAAGCGAUAAGGGUACAAAAAUGAUGCAGUUGGCAGGAUUAUCUGCUGAUGACAUGAUCGCUGUGACUAAUAUGCGCUGCUUAUGCACUGACACAAAAAAGUCCUCAGGAGGAGGUUUUACACUGAAAUUUGAUGUUCAGAAGAAAAAACAUGCACAUAGAAAAGAGCGAACGACGGAACAAUCAGCAUGGGCACUGUCCCGAUUUUAUCCGGUUCUGGAGUGUGGGUAUUACGCCGAAGCCUUGGACCCCUGCGGUGCGGCUCCAGCCAGGGAGGGGUUGUCGCACAGCAUAGGCAAGGGAAGAAUUAUCAGAUGGGAGAUAAUUUGAUUCUUUGUUGCUAGCCUGAUCUGACUAGGAGGUGGGCACUAUAAAGUGCAUACAGAAGACUUGAGGCCUAAGGCUAGGAUCCUAGCAAACGUGGAAAGGACUAUACAAACUAGGAAACAAUUUCUAGAGAUAAGACCCUACCAAACUUCAAGAUGCAGAUUUGUUUCCUAAUGUGAUCUGCUACCGGUUGCACCAGCUAAGCCCACACGUGACAGCUGGUUUCACCCCAAUCUGCUAAGCUAUCUCUGACAACUGCAGCAACAGCAACAACAACUUUAGUCGCAAACAAGUUGGGGUAGGCUAGAGCUGAAACUCGUAAGAUCUCGAAACUGACUCAUGGUUCUGGCAUGGUGGAUAGCUAACUUCCAUGCACCCCUGUCCAUGGCUAGUUCUUUAGUGAUAUUCCAGACCUUCAGAUCUUUCUUUAUGGACUCCUCCCAUGUAAGUUUGGUCUACCUUGCCCUCUCUUGACAUUAUCAGCAUGCAUUAGCAGUCCGCUAUGCACUGGAGCUUCUGGAGGCCUGCGCUGAAUAUGGCCGAACCAUCUCAGACGAUGUUGGACAAGUUUCUCUUCAAUCGGUGCUACCCCAACUCUAUCACAUAUAUCAUCAUUUCGGACCCGAUUCUUUCUUUUGUGGCCGCACAUCCAUCUCAACAUGCGCAUCUCCGCUACACCUAACCGGUGAAUAUGUCGCCUUUUCAUCGGCCAACGCUCAGCCAUACAAUAUUGCGGGUCAAAUCGUCGUCCGGUAGAACCUACCUUUUAGCUUUUGUGGCACUCUCUUGUCACGGAGAACGCCAGAAGCUUGACGCCACUUCAUCCAUCUGGUUUUGAUACAAUGGCUCACAUCCUCAUCGAUAUCACCAUCCUUCUGCAACAUUGACCUCAAAUGUCGAAAGGUGUCCUGCUGAGGUAUCACCUGCCCAUCAAGGCUAACCUCCUCAUGCUUAGUAGUACUGAAACCGCACCUCAUGUACUCCGUUUUAGUUUUAUCAAGUCUAAAACCUUUUGAUUCCAUGGUUUGUCUCCAUAGCUCUUAACUUUCUAUUAACGCCCGCCCAACUAUCAUCGACUAGCACCACAUCAUCCGCAAAGAGCAUACACCACGGGAUAUCUCCUUGUAUAUCCCUUGUGACCUCAUCCCUCACCAAAGCAAAAGGUUAAGGGCUCAAAGCGGAUUCUUGGUGCAGUCCUAUUUUAAUCGGGAAGUCGUCAGUUUCGCCAUCAUUUGUUCGAACACUUGUCACAACAUUAUCGUACAUGUCCUUGAUGAGGGUAAUGUACUUUGUUGGGACUUUGUGUUUCUUCAAGCCCCACCACAUGCCAUUCCGCGGUAUUUUAUAGUAGGGACUUUGUUGGGACUUUGUUUUGGCAGGCAGGUCAAGUGCCGGCAUUGCGUGCACCGGCAUUGCUGUCAAGGUGGUUUUUGCCAACACCAAUCUGCCACUCCGGUGUAGUAGAGAGGCUCGCCAACUUGGUAACUUGUCGGCCACCCUAUCCACCAAAUGCUGCAGUUGAGCUGGGGACGGUUUGGGUAGCCCAAGUGGCAGGCCAAGGUAUGUGCAUGGGAAUGGGAGGGUUUGGCAUUUGAGCUCCUCCGGAACUAUAUCCAUCUGCUUCGGACUGCAUCUGAUGAGAUGUGCAGAGCACUUCGCUAGGUUUGUGCAAAAGCCGGAUGCCUUCCCAAAGUCGUCUAUCAUUCUGACACAGGCUCUCAGCCCCUCUGUGUCUGGCACCACAAUGUCAUGACGUCGUCCGCAUAUAUGGACAUACGGUGGUGAAGUCCCACAGUGGCUAGGGGAGGCAGAAUACCCUGCUCAGCAGCAGCCCGCAGCAUGAAGUGUAACCCGUCCAUCAGUAGGACAAAUAGCGGCGGGGAUAGGAGAUCCCCCUGCCGCAACCCCUUCCGGUUGUAGAUCACCUCGCCGGGUAUGCCAUUCACCAGCGCGCGAGUAGAUGAGGUGGAUAGCAGCCCAGGAUCCAAGCUCGCCAACGAUGGCCAAAACCAAGCUUGUGCAGAACCUCAAGUAAGAAGGCCCAAUCCAGAGUAUCGAAAGCCAUCGUAAUGUCCAGCUUUAGCAUCACUGCUGCUUUCUUGGAGCUCUGCAGUUUUGGGGCCAUCCCUUGCACCAUCAUGUAAUUAUCAUGUAAGCAUCUGCCACGAUGAAUGCACUUUGAUGUGAUCCAACAAGUGUGGUCAUCUUGGAGCCAUCCUAGUGGCAAGCACCUUGGCCACUAGCUCCGGGAAACUAUCGGCCGGUAGUCUCUGAUCUCCACGGCCUCUCCACGCCUAUCCGGGCUGGAACCCAACAAGUUGAAGAACUCGUCCAUCGCAUCUGCCUUAUCCUCAUGAUCCGAGACCAGAGUGCCCUCCACAUUUAACGAUGUGAUGGACCUCCUCCUCCUAUGACUCGCUUGGGCAUGGAAAAAUUGUGUGCAUGCGUCACCUUCCUUGAGCCACGUGAUCCUUGAUCUUUGCCUCACCAUCGUCCUCUCAAGUGAGGCCAACCCGAGUAGUUUCUUCUUGAGCAGCCGCCUAAGCGCUUGUUCCUCUACCGAUAGCUCUCUGGAUUCCAUAGCCACGUCCAAUCUCUGGAUAACCUCGUUGGCAAUGAGGAUUUGUAGCUUAAUGUUGCCGACAAAAUGAUCACUCCAGCUUGCCAGCUUGCAACUGUAGCCUUGAGCUUAGCCGCCAGCCUCUUGAAAGGGUUUUGCUCCGGAGUGACUGGGUUCCAUGCUUGCUGGACCACCUCAUGGAAGCCAUCAAUUCUCGUCCAGAAACUCUCAAUAUGAAACCGUGUCCGCCUUCUGUGAUCUGGGUCCAAGCUGAGGAGCAAAGGGCAAUGGUCAGAGACACUAGUGCUCAACGCCGUGGGGAAAGAUGAUGGGUAUAAUGGCUCCCACUCCCAGAGGCGAGGCAUCGAUCCAGCUUCUCCAAGGUUGGCUGGCGACAUUCGUUAGACCAUGUAUAUCUGCGACCAUUAAGAUAAAAGUCGCACAACUCCAAGUCCGAGAUCGGGACGCUUCACUAAAAUCUAGAUCAGGCCACCCCGUUGACUUCUGCUGGCUGCUGCUCCUGGGCGCGAUGCUUCGCACGUUCGCCCCUACCCAGCUCGCCUGCCGGCCCUGCAGGUCCACGGCUGCUGGAUUCCGCUGGACUGCUGCCUCUUGUCUGCCUGCGGGUCUUGCGCUUCCCACCGUCGUCUACCCCACCAGGCAGACCAAAUCGAGGUUGCCUCGUUUAGCUCAGGGCCGAUGCUACCUCCACCUCCCUGGCCAGGACGUAUGUCGCUGCUCCAUUCGCGUGUGCUCCUGGCCGUUAUGAUAGUCUUCAGAGUCAAGCCAAAGGGGGUAACGAGAUGGUACAUCAGAGAAACACACCACAUCAAUAGAAGAUACAAGAUAAGUAUUAAGAGAAGAUGGAUUGUCAAAGGAAGAUGGCACAUCAAGAGAAUUAAACAUUGCGCAGAAAAUCAUAGGCCACGACAACCGACGGGGAAAAAAGCUCAACGGCUAAGACAAUGGGCAUAGAUCGACAAUGCAAAAGGAGUCCACGAAAAUCGUAUAGAAAACAACAAGGACAAGUAGGCAACAAAAGUUGUAUAUAAAGGAUCAGGACCAGAGAAAGGAUGACAGACAAAGGUAUGGUAGACUCGCAUGGCAUGAGAAACACGAAAAAAAGAGCAAUGGACUUGGUGGACACAGUGGAAAACAUAGAACUAGAAGCUAGGAAGCACACACUAGACUAGACUAGCGGCGGUGGCAGCAGAGGGAACAUGAAGCUUUUUUUCAUGGAUUGAUAUUACAAAAUAUAGUACUAGGUAGUAGCAGCCGAUCAGGAACUGUACACGUGAAUAGACUCAGAGUUAUGGCUCAAGAAGCUUAACAUGGUAUCAAGGCCUAAGCUCUCGAGUUCAAGUUCUGGCUUUCACUAUUUAUGAAAAAAUUGCUGCGCCCCCCUCCGUGUCCAUGUAUAGGCCUCUUGAGCCAUACCUCUGAGUAUUCACGUGUUGACUUCCCGCGUCACACGUGAGAUGGGGUGUUGAAGUGAUGUAGAUUGCCUAGCCCUUUCCAUCAGUUUGGACUUUUGGUUGCGUUGGCUAGUGCAUUAAGUUUAACAACUGUCAGACCCGAGUUGUCUGACGGACUAAAUUCAGAAAACGCACUCAGAAUUCAGAGAAUAUCACUAGCAAAGCUUGAUUUCAGAGGAAAGUUUAGCUAGGGUUUCUGAUGAGGAACACUAGAUGA